AUGGACAGCCCAUCGGCUCCAGUAAAUGUCACAGUCAAACACCUGAAAGCCAACUCAGCCGUUGUGACUUGGGAUGUUCUGGAAGAUGAAGUUGUCAUUGGAUUUGCAAUUUCCCAACAGAAGAAGGACGUGCGGAUGCUGCGCUUCAUCCAGGAGGUGAACACCACCACCCGCUCCUGUGCCCUCUGGGACCUAGAGGAGGACACUGAGUACAUUGUGCAUGUCCAGUCCAUCAGCAUCCAAGGCCAGAGCCCUGCCAGUGAGCCAGUCCUCUUCAAGACCCCCAGGGAAGCUGAGAAACUAGCCUCUAAAAAUAAAGAUGAGGUGACAAUGAAGGAGAUGGCGAAGAAAAACCAACAGCUGCGAGCGGGGGAAAUUCUCAUCAUUGUUGUGGUGUUGUUUAUGUGGGCAGGGGUGAUCGCCCUGUUUUGCAGACAGUACGAUAUCAUCAAAGAUAAUGAACCAAAUAACAGCAAGGAGAAAGUCAAGAGCGCCUCGGAGAACAGCACUCCUGAGCACCAGAGCGGAGGGCUCCUCCGCAGCAAGUUUCCAAAAAACAAGCCCUCAGUGAAUAUCAUCGAAGCGUGA